CGUCAACUGUUUUGAUGAAACUAAAGGGAAAUGAGAUUAAUCGGUGAGAUUGAUAGGCCAAAAGAUAAAAUCCAUCGCUGUGUUUUCUUUGACCAAAGGAAAGGAAUUCCAGUAAUCCAUUUCCUUAAAAAACAAAAGUUGUUGAUUAAGUACAGUAAAUUAGUUCAAAAUUGAACCAUGACAUCACCAUCAUCGUCGUCGUCAUCAUCUCUUAAAAAAACAAGCACAAGUUGCAGUGAAGAUGAAGGUGAUCAUCAUCAACAGCAGCUGAGGAGAGGACCUUGGACUAUAGAGGAAGAUUCAGUCCUUGUUCAUUACAUUGCUCGACAUGGUGAAGGUCGAUGGAAUUUUCUUGCAAAACAUGCAGGUUUAAGGAGAACAGGCAAGAGUUGCAGGUUGAGAUGGUUGAAUUAUUUGAAACCAGAUGUUAAGCGUGGGAACCUUACUGCUGAAGAACAGUUUUUGAUCCUUGAACUCCAUUCUAAAUUGGGUAACAGGUGGUCCAAGAUUGCACAGCAUCUGCCUGGAAGAACCGAUAAUGAGAUCAAGAAUUACUGGAGAACCCGUGUGCAAAAACAGGCUCGGCAGCUUAACAUCGAUGCUAACAGCGCGGCGUUUAAGAACAUUCUCCGAUAUUAUUGGAUGCCAAGAUUGGUUCAAAAGAUGGAAGAGUCGUCGUCGCCCUGUUUUUCAACGACGGUUAUUCCUCGGAACCAACCGUUAAUGAAGACCGAUUACGUUGACGGGAAUUCAUGUGUUUCGUCAUUAGAACAUGUGGAUGAUAUGAAAAUGUCCCAAUUUGGGAUAUUUGGUAGCAAUGAUUGCAAUAGUAAUGCUCUUGCAAAGGACUGGUAUGGUUAUGUUGGUGAUAAUGGUAGCUAUUGCCAUGGCAUGGAAACCAUCAACAUGGCGUCCACGUCAGCACUGGUCGGGGAGGGAUUUCCGACCCCCGCCGCGGAUUGCCACUUGGCGGAUGAUAAUUGGGUUAAUGAUGGUUUUGUAGAUGGGAUAUGGAGCAUGGGGGAACUAUGGGAACUUAGAAAUGCAUUGCAUUGAAGUGAACCUUGUCAAUUUUUUUCUUUCGUAAAAUUCUGAUUUUGGUGCUUCUACUAUAUUCAAAUUUAAAAUUUAAUCCCUAUACUUCGAUUUUGCAUGA